AUGUUUAUACCUGAUUAACGAAAUUUAGGUGGAAGAUAAAUUAUAUGUAAUAUGGUUUUGAAUCACAGACUAUCAUUAAAUAUAAUGGAUGAUAAGUCGGCAAUUUCUCCAAUUUAGACUAAAAUGCAUACUCCUCGUUAAGGAUGCUAUACUGAUAGGCAAAGUUAAAAUAAACCUUCACUCUUUUUUAGAAGAAUACCAACAAGCAAUUAUUAGAAGUACAAAGAAUUGCUUUAUAAGAAACCUCUUUCAUUUCCAAAAAAUUAGAAUAAAAAUGAAUGCCACACUGAAAUUAAAAUAAUAGAUUGGAACGUUAUAGAGAAAGAAAUUUAGAAAUAUGAAAAAGAAUUUUAUAAAUUAAAUCUACCUUCAUUUUUAAAGUCUUUUGCAAGAUAAAUGAAUAUUAAAAAAGAAUAUGACUUUGCUACUCUAAUUGAAAUGAUUUUGAAUUUUUAUCCAAAUAUUAAGCAAGAUGACCUUAUAGAGAUUGCAUCAGAUAUCAUAGUAGGAGAGCUUUGA